AUGGUGAGAUCUAAUACUGAAACAACUUCAGAAGAUAAUGAGGUUACUUUAAACACUACAAGAUCUACAAAUAUUAAACAAAACACCUUGGAACAUGUAACAAACUUCAGUAGUACGACUGAGGUUUCAUCUUUAACUCAAGAACCCAUGUCAGCAAAUAACUCAUCACCAAAUACUCCAAAUAGUACAUCAGCAGAAGAUACAACUGAAAAUGAAGACUUAAUCGAAACUACCAGAAGUACUAGCAAUGCCGAUACAAAUAGCAUUGAAAUCGAAAAUACAUCAAAUGCAAGCUUAAGUACCGACACUUCGACAUCGGAAGACUUUGCAACAAUAAUAGAAAGUGAUGUAGACAUUAAUACCAACACAACAUACCAAGAAGCUGUGAGUAAAGCAGAUAAUGUAACAAAUGUUAAUGGGACGAAGAGGAUCACCACAAAAGAACCUUAUAAGCAACCAUUUUCUAUGAAACAUGCUCUUAGAGACAUAGCGUACUAUUUGAGAGCAUAUAAGUUCAACGAAUACGACAGAAGAUAUGAAACAAAUGCUGAAACUGCUCCAAGGAGAUAUUUCAAAGAGUUUCCUCGCCCUCCCUUACGAUCUCUCCACUGGGAGGUACACAAGUACUGCGAGCCUUCUUUUUCAGGCUGUGUCGACUACUUACGGAAGCGAAUACGAUUAGUCUCACUGAAGAGAGCAGACGACACUACGGUGGUGAUGCAGGAACAGAACUGGACGAUGACAAAUCACAGCGAGCAGAUUAAACAGAUAGACGAAGAAUGUAAGAAAUUGAAAAAAAUUGGUAAUAAUGUAGCGGAACCAUUUGAAGGUCCCAUAGAACGUUUCCAGUGGAGAGUCACAGCCAGCUACUACAUGUGUUGGUACACUAUGCAGCAGGUUCCGGAAAUGAAGCACCUCUCUGAACACUGUGAUAACUUUGCUGACUGUUUGGACAACGCUCUAGGACCAAAUAACAAAGACGUACGCGCGAAUGACUCAGACCCUUAUGCUUGUGCUCUCUACAGCUUCUGUCCCAAUCCAUGUUGCCCUAUGCGACAUCUAACUAAGUAUGAGAACUGUUGGAAUUCAGCUGAGAACCCAUGCUUCAUUGGGAACGUUGCUGGCCAAAGGGAAUGUGCUGUGAACCGAUCCAGUAAUACUGAGUUUAGGGAUAUCAUCCUGAAUAGGUGGAACGUGACUUGCAGAUGUCCACAGGGCUACGAAUGGAAUUCCCGUUUCGGAAUGUGUAUCGAUGUGGACGAAUGUGAGAGGGGAGGACAUAAUUGCGACCGGAAAUUGCAUCAGGGAUGCCUUAAUUUGGCCGGCAGCUUCAGAUGCGCUUGUAUGUGGGGACACGUUUGGAACCCAACGGAAAAACAAUGCAUUGCCAGUAAGGCCCUCCAUCACCUUAAAUUAUCCAAUAAAAAAGAUACCGGAAGCAGCGGCGAAAAGUCUGAGUCCCUGAUAAGAAAGCUAACUAAGUUUUUCAGAAGAAGCGCAGCUAAUACAUUGCGCUUCGAUAAGAUCGCGCUCCUUCCCAACCUAUUGUGGUAUCCAUUUGCGGUAUUUUUGGCUCUUGUAGAAGAUGUGAAUUGUGCGACUUACGCUUACAUGACAUCAAGAAAGAAGAAAGCGUAUUGCUUAUUACUAUCCGACCAUCUAAGACAGUGA